UGUGAAGAGCGAAGGGUACGGGUAGGGUGGUACUUGGGAAUCAGGUUGUCCUCAUGCACACGGGACCAGGGGCUGACUGACAACUCAUGGGGCCCCCGGCAAUAGGGGAUCAUGGGGCCCCUGUGUCCUUGCCCAAACUCAAAAAAGCCUUAUGAAAAAGGUACCAGGGGCGUCUCAUGGGACCCCCUACUGACCCUGGGCCCUCGGGCAGUGCCUGAGUUUCCAAAUGGUCAGUCCGCCCCUGUGUGUAGC